AUGUCUUCUUCUCUCGACCAGCUCAAGGCCACCGGCACCGUUGUCGUCAGCGACUCUGGUGACUUUGCCUCCAUUGCCAAGUACAAGCCCCAGGAUGCCACCACCAACCCUUCCCUCAUCCUCGCCGCCUCCAAGAAGGCUGAGUACGCCAAGCUGAUUGACGAGGCCGUUGCCUCCGCCAAGAAGCAGGGCGGCUCCGUCGACGAGCAGGUUGACAACGCCCUCGAUGCCCUUCUCGUCGAGUUCGGCAAGGAGAUUCUCAAGGUCGUUCCCGGCAAGGUCUCCACCGAGGUUGACGCCAGCCUCUCCUUCGACACCAAGGCCUCCGUCGACAAGGCCCUUCACAUCAUUGACCUGUACAAGGCCCAGGGCAUCUCCAAGGACCGCGUCCUGAUCAAGAUCGCCUCCACCUGGGAGGGUAUCAAGGCCGCCGAGAUCCUUCAGCGCGACCACGGCAUCAACACCAACCUGACCCUGAUGUUCUCCAUCACCCAGGCCAUCGCCGCCGCUGAGGCCGGUGCCUACCUCAUCUCCCCCUUCGUCGGCCGUAUCCUCGACUGGUACAAGGCCGCCCACAAGAAGGAGUACACCAAGGAGGAGGACCCCGGUGUCAAGUCCGUCGGCACCAUCUUCAACUACUACAAGAAGUUCGGCUACAAGACCAUUGUCAUGGGUGCCUCCUUCCGCAACACUGGCGAGAUCACCGAGCUUGCCGGCUGCGACUACCUCACCAUCUCUCCCAACCUGCUCGAGGAGCUCCUUAACUCCGACGCCCCCGUCCCCAAGAAGCUUGACGCCGCCGCCGCCUCCAGCCUCAACCUUGAGAAGAAGUCCUACAUCAGCAACGAGCCUCUCUUCCGCUUCGACUUCAAUGAGGAGCAGAUGGCCGUCGAGAAGCUCCGCGAGGGUAUCUCCAAGUUCGCCGCUGAUGCCGUUACCCUCAAGGACAUCAUCAAGCAGAAGGUCCAGGCAUAA